AUGGCAUCGAGACCAGCAUCAUCGUCUGCGCCGCCUCCCUUCAACGGAGCGCAGGCGCAGGACUUCCUCGCAUUGAGAUGGGCCGCUGCACAGCGUGAGAACCCGACCAUCUACCAGAGCGAGCAGGGCACAGCGUCGCCUGCUGGUUCGGCGGCUGCACAGAAAAAGGCGGGAGGAGCGUGGGGCAUUGCGGGCAAUAGGGCAGGCGCCGCUGCCCAGCGAGGAGGCCCUGGCACCGCUUCCACAGCCCCUCAAACGUCCAGCUUCGCUACCAAUCUCAUCAAGGCUGCGGGUCAGCGUCGUGGUACUGGUGCAGGCGCUGCGUAG